GCGGCGGCGACGGCGGCGGGCGCUGCCGCCGCAACUGUCACGGCGGUUGCUCAAAAUGAAGCAACAGUGUUGUUAACAACUCGACGCGGAACGGUGAACUGUUCAAACGCGUUCCAAUUUUGGAAAACGGGACUUUGACAUUCGAACUUUUACAAUUUUCUUUUUUUGAAUUCGAAAGUUUUUUGUGUUGCCACUUUUUAAUGACAAUGUUACCAAGUUCUAGGGGUGUUUAGAAAUUGUUCGGAUUGUUGUUGUGUUUUUGGACAAGAUGUCUCUACCAAACGGAGUGGACGUGUCUCAGCUGGUGCAGCACCCUGUACUUGCCGCGCUGCCGCCUUUCUUCCUCAGGGCUUCCGAGAGAUACCAGCGCACGCCGAAAUGCGCGCGGUGCCGCAACCACGGCGUGGUGUCGGCGUUGAAGGGCCACAAGCGAUACUGCCGCUGGCGCGACUGCGUGUGCGCCAAGUGCACGCUCAUCGCCGAACGGCAGCGCGUCAUGGCGGCGCAGGUGGCGCUGCGGAGGCAGCAGGCGCAGGAGGAGAACGAGGCGCGGGAGCUGAGUAUGUUGUAUGCUGGCCAGCCGCCGCAGCCGCACUACCCCGACAUGUCCGACGACUCGCCCGUUCAAAAACGCGCUCGCAUCACAGAAGUAUGUUCCAGCCCAUCGCCACCAUCAACAGAGACUCCAGCGGAAACCAAAACCCCUGCGCCCACUCCACCGCUGCACACUCCGCCCCCUCGGUCACCCUCGGAACACGAACUUAACGUCGAAGAGGAACUCGAAGACCAAUCCGAAACAUCCCUCACACCUGAAAAUCUCUCCAUGAAAGAACCUCGAGAGGAAGUCCCGGUCAAAAAGGAGGAAGAAGAAAAAUGGGAUAACCCAGAUUUCAAGUAUAAAAUGUUCAGACGUGACAGAAAGACUCCGGAGAAUGUUCCAGAAGAUUCUACACCAUUCCAGAAAUCCCCAGUUGAUGUCUUGAUAAAGGUGUUCCCACGACGCAGUCGACAAGAAAUUGAAACAAUUCUUUCGCGGUGUAAAGGAGACGUUGUCGCUGCCAUGGAGCUAAUGGUCAAUGGAGGCGACAACGCCACACCUUAUAGCUUGACACAGGAAUCUCCUCCUUACUUGCAAAAUUAUCAGUCGAAAUCUGCAUUCUCACCGUUAUCAAACCAUAGUUUCAAAUUCUCGCCUUCUAGAAGAUUCCUUACUCCACCGUACAGUGGUACCGGAUACUUACCGACUGUUAUCAGACCUCCUCCAGACUAUCUGUCGUCGUUUAUGCCCCACUCCGAACUGAUAUACGGAAGACAAAUGCACGUUCCCUCCCCUGGAACUUCUCCAGCUUCAGAUAAUACGAAUAACGAAGGAUUUUCCGACUAGGGGUACCUGAAAUACUGGACAGUAUUGUAGACAAAUACUGGCGUCGUUAUAAUAAUAAGCGGACAGUACGCGAUUGUUUAUUAAAAUGACAGUGAGAAGUUCAACGAAAACUUUUUUGAACGAACCUUUUGCAAGAUUACUCUGUUAAAAUGCCGUAAAAGUUUAAAUGGAGAUUUAUGCAAACCAUGUUUCGCUUCAAUCACAAGUAGAUUGAAAUUUUGCAAAGAACUUAUGAUUUUAUUAUUGAAUAUGAUUUU